AUGGCCGACGACAAAGAUGUCUGGAUGUACAACCCGUCCUUUGCCUUAGCAAUCAUCGGCACCAUCGUAUACGGCCUCAUUUUCAUUGGAAUCACAUACCUGACCUUCUUCCGAUACCGAGCGUGGUUCUUUACUGUUGUUGUUGUCGGUGCUGCAGUGGAAGUAGCCGGAUAUGUGUUACGAGCCUAUUCUGCCAAGAACAGAACCGUCCUGGUCCCGUUCGUCUUAACACUUACAUUCACCGUCCUCGCACCCGUCUUCAUAGCUGCAGGAAAUUACCUCCUCAUCAGCCGCCUCAUCCGCGCUGUCCUCCCGCCGUCCCACCACCGCAUUCUUGGCAUCCCCGGCAAACGACUUACACCAAUCUUUGUCAUCUGCGACAUCAUCUCGUUCAUCAUCCAGGGCAAUGGCUCUGCCAUAGCUAGCUCGGAUAAUUGGCAGGGCGAGAAGGAAAAGAUUGGUCGCUAUGUUCUCAUUGGCGGUCUUGCCUUUCAGCUCGUCGCCUUUGGACUGUUUCUUUGUGUGUUCCGUCGGUUCCAUGUUUUGGCGAAUAGAAUGGCGACACCCUCGGCUCCCAAGGGAUGGCAACAAGUCGUUCUGUCGGUUUAUAUUUCUAGCGUCUUGAUCAUGGUUCGAUGUAUCUACCGUGUGUGUGAGUUUGCAGAGGGCAUGAAUGGCUAUGCUUUUCGCACCGAGUGGCUGUUCUGGGUGUUUGAGACGCUUCCCAUGAUUGGCGCGAUCGGCAUCUUCAUCAUUUACCAUCCGAGUCGCUACCUUGGUCAAAAUGGAGCUGCACCGCCCAAGGAAGCUCGGUCUGAUGAAUCUGUGGAACUUGUUGGCCGGCGGAAGUGGUUUCGUAUGAGGCGCUCAAACGAUAGCCCUGCUUAA